AUGUCUACACGAACUUCUCCCCGCGCGCCUCAAACCGCCCCUCAAAACAUACUCCUCUUCCUCGUCGCCUUCCGUCUCAUCAAUGCGUUCGCGGUUCGCACAUUUUUCCAGCCAGAUGAAUACUUUCAGUCACUAGAGCCAGCCUGGCAGAUCGCGUUCGGACAGGGCCAAGGAGCUUGGGUGACAUGGGAAUGGCGGCACCAACUCCGAUCCUCUCUACAUCCCCUCUUCUUUGCCGCUAUCUACAAAGUCGCUGACUUCCUCGCAUCCACCCUCAGCGUGUCUCCCGCAACGCGCGCAGAGCUCCUGAUUGUCGCUCCGAAGACAGCGCAGGCCGUUGUGGCGGCAAUUGGUGAUUUAUACACAUGGAAGCUCGCAGUUCGCGUCUAUGGAAAUGAUUCCCGUGGGUCAUGGACAACGUUGAUCGCAACCGUUCUAAAUCCCUGGCAAUGGUUCUGCUCAACUAGGACACUGUCAAACUGCUUCGAGACGACAAUAACGAUUGUUGCAUUGGAACUAUGGCCAUGGCAAUUGUCGGUAGGCUCUACAGCCGGUGGCCGCGACAAAAACACUGGCAAUCAAACGAGGGGCACGGACCGGGCUCGAAGUGUGAUUCUUGGCCUCCGCAAAUGUCUGCCGCUGGCGGCGCUCGCAUGUAUACUUCGUCCGACUAACAUUAUCGUUUGGGCAACCCUGGCUGGCCUCGCUUGGCUUCGGACCUCUUGGCCCCAACGCAGGGUUCUCAUUUUUGAGGUUAUAGCUUGCGGAUCGGCACUUCUCGCGGUGUCUUCCGUUGCGGACCGGCUCUUCUAUGGAGUUUGGACAUUCCCACCGCUAAGGUUCCUAUACUUCAACAUCGCGCAGUCACUGGCUGUCUUCUAUGGCAGCAAUGAUUGGCAUUAUUAUGUCUCGCAAGGUUAUCCCCUUCUACUCACCACUAUGCUGCCUUUUGCGGUUUGGGGUUUAUACAGAACCUUGACGACUCGAAAUUCCACAGUGGGAAACAAUUUGCAAGCGGCAAUCCGAGUGCAGUUGGCGACAGUCUGUCUUGUGAUGCCAUCUGUCCUCUCUUUAAUAUCUCACAAGGAAGUGCGUUUCAUCUACCCAUUGCUGCCAUGCCUCCACAUCUUAGCUGCGCCGCCUUUAGUGCAAUUCUUUUACCCAGCCAUCUACUCGCGGGCCUACCCGCGUCAUGCUCCCCGCAGGCUGAUUCUCAUCUUUCUUGUGCUUGUCAACGUGGUCAUUGCACUAUACACGACUCUCUAUCACGCAUCAGGAACGUUGAAGGUUGUCUCAUAUCUCCGUCAGCAGCACCAAGUACACUCGGUACCAACACCAAAAAGACAAACAAAUUCCACCUCCGAAACCGGAAUCUCUGCUGGCUUUUUGAUGCCCUGCCACAGCACACCUUGGCGCUCUCAUCUAGUCUACCCGACAAUUAACGCUUGGGCCCUUUCCUGCGAGCCACCGAUCGACCUCAAUGCAACCCAGAAAGCCCUUUACCGCGACGAAGCAGAUCAAUUCUACGACGACCCAUUCCAAUUCCUACGCCAGAAUAUGGCUGGUGGUCUCCGCCACCUCCCUCGCCGACCCAGCUACACCUCUUCCGCAUAUCAUUCUGCGUCAGGAAAGACCCCCAACGAGGCCUCACAACAUGAAUGGCCCGACUACCUCAUCUUCUUCGCUCAGCUUGAGCCAACCCUCCACAGUCUGCUACGCGGCUCCCACUAUGGCGAGUGCUGGCGCACCUUCAACACCGACUGGCACGACGACCGGCGUCGUCGUGGUGACAUCGUAGUCUGGUGCCUGGACACGGUAGAGCAGGACGCCUGGCGCUCCGAGACCCAACGCCACGUGCAGCAAAGCCGAGAUAAGCAAUUUGAUCGCAUCGUGGAAUCGUUCAAGAAUGAGGGGCGCAAGCAAAAAGGGCAGGGAUGGAUGGGCCUUCACGUUUCUGCGAUGCCUUGGUCCGCAUCGCCGCCUUCAUUGUUUACGUCAUGGCGAAAUUAUGUGGCGUCUCUUUUCUCACCUUCAAAAUCGUCAAUUUAUUGGCCUUGGCGUCCCCUCACUCCUUGGGAGAGAUUUGUAGCGAGGUUGUCAUUUUGGAAGCAGAAGCCAGGUUGGCUUCCUCCCUGGGUAUCAGAGUGGCUUCCUGGGUUGCCGACUUGGUUGGGCGGAGCUAAAAGGCGACCUACGGAAGCAGAGUUGUGGUCUUGA